UUUAUCAUUUUCCACAUGAGGCUUGGCGCGAGUAGACCGGACGCCGAAUCAACGUUUGACUCAGAAAAAUCCGCCAGGAAGGGGAAAACACUGUCACUCCUCGCAGCAAACCAAAUUGAAAUUGCACCUUUCCUAAUUUGAUAUCCAUAAAGAUUAUUCUUUUCAACUUUCGUUGAUUGAGCUGAACUUGAUAAUGGCGUCAGAGAAAGCAGCAGAGAGCGGGUUAGACAAUGUGAACACGAUGGAGAAUGGUGGAGUCAUUCCUGACAGCAAGGAUAAAGAUGAUCCCUGGGAUGUCGCUCUAGGGGAAAUCAAUCCAGGAACAAAAUGGAGUGAGCGCACAGGAACCGGUAAGGUCAUCUUCAUUCUACAGUCCCUCCUUAAACUCCUCCUCCUUCUCGGAUGCCUCUAUCUCUUCAUCUGUGCCCUGGACUUCCUGGCAACUGCCUUCAGACUGCUCGGUGGUGAGGCCGCGGGGGAGGUGCUACAGAACAGCGAACUCCUGGCGAAUCCCGUUUGCGGUCUCAUGAUCGGCGUGCUCGUCACCGUGCUCGUACAGAGCUCCAGUACUUCCACGUCGAUCAUCGUAUCUAUGACGUCAGCUAGAAUUAUUUCUGUGAGGCUGGCCAUCCCUAUCAUCAUGGGUGCCAACAUCGGAACUUCGGUUACAAACACCAUCGUGUCGCUAGGUCAGGUAAAGGAGAAGAACGAGUUCCGUCGUGCAUUCGGUGGUGCCACGGUCCACGACAUGUUCAACUGGUUGUCGGUGCUCAUUCUCUUACCCCUGGAAGUGAUCGCACAACCCCUCUUCCGACUCACUUUACUCAUCGUCGAAAGCGCUGGAAUUGAGAGAAACAAUGUCAAGAUCGAAAUACUGAAAGUCAUCACCAAACCGUUCACCAACUUGGUUAUUAGGAUUGAUAAGGGGGCCAUCGAAGACACCGCCCUCAACCCAAACCUCACCGAUGUCCGCCUUCUUAAAACAUGUCUUGUUGAGACACCCGAGGUAAUAACAGCAUCACCAGGCGACAUGACAACGGCUCUUAUGUCAUCCACCACGCCCAAACCAUGUGAGUGGCAUUGGUUUGCAUACUCUGGCUUCAGUGAUACGGUUGCUGGGAUUGUCAUGUUGGUGUUUGCUCUAGCUCUGCUCUGCAUCUGUCUGGUGUGUAUCGUCAAACUCCUCAACUCACUGCUCAAGGGAAGCAUAGCCCUCGUCAUCAAGAAGUUCGUCAACGCUGAUUUCCCCGGUUACCUGGGCUUCCUGACCGGGUACAUCGCCAUCCUGAUCGGGGCCGUGUGUACCUUCAUCGUCCAGAGCAGCUCCAUCUUCACCUCGGCUAUGACCCCACUCGUAGGGAUCGGCGUCAUCACACUCGAGCGCAUGUACCCACUCACUCUGGGAUCGAACCUCGGUACGACCGCGACCGGCAUCAUAGCCGCCCUACCGAAUGAGGGUAAGGACCUCGCCAACGCCAUGCAGGUCGCCCUCUCCCACCUUUUCUUCAAUAUCUUUGGCAUCCUGAUCUGGUACCCGAUUCCUUUCUUGCGUAAACUCCCGAUUGGUAUGGCCCGCGUCAUGGGCAACACCACGGCCAAAUACCGCUGGUUCGCCAUCUUCUACCUACUCAUGAUGUUUUUCGUUAUGCCUUCUCUUGCGUUCGCGCUCUCCAUCGCCGGGAACAUCUACCUGUUCGUCAUUGGUGGCGCACUCCUCUUUGUCUUCAUCAUCAUCGUCACCAUUAAUGUCAUCCAGCGGAAACGUCCUUCUCUUCUUCCUUCAGUUCUCCGGACCUGGGAUUUCCUUCCCUGGUUUCUGCAUUCUCUCAAACCCCUCGAUUACUUGCUCGGAUGUCGAUGGUGUCGUAAUCGAUUCGGCAAGGACAGCGAUAGUACGGACUCUAUUGUCGCCGUUGCUGACGAGGAGACGAAUAACUUCAGUGGUCUUGAUAACACAGGUUUUGAUACUCCCUUGUAACCGUGACCAGUAAGGCUUUGAACUGCAUAAAGCCCAAGACUAUUGCAGAAAGACAAUUUCCUAUUUCUUCCUACCCACUUAUGGAUGUCAUUCGUCUAAAUUAGUUUUAAACAGGUUCGGUUGAGUUGUAGUUUUGUUCGGUAUUUACUAACCAUGUUCGUUAUAGAUUUCCUUCCCAAUGUUAACUAAACUGUCAUGUUGUACCACAUGCCCCCCCCCCCCCCCAAUGGAAGCCAUCU